AUAAGCAUCGUUCCCAUACCCAACUUUCGCUAUAAAGAGGCCUUGUUAUUAGCAUCAUAUCAACAGCAUUCAAUUCCCAUCUGCAAAAGCAUAGAAACAAACCUCAAAUUUCUGUUUGCAAAUUCAGAUUUUUUCUUUGUUAAUUAAUCCAUCUUCUUUGAGAAAAAAAUCAUGUCUUGCUGUGGUGGUAAAUGUGGUUGUGGAUCAGGCUGCAAGUGCGGAUCUGGAUGCACUGGAUGCGGCAUGUACCCAGACUUUGGUGAGAGCUCUAACACUGCAAGCCUCAUCUUUGGUAUUGCUUCUCAGAAAUCGUUCUUUGAAGGAUCUGAGAUGGGAGUAGAAGGUGGUAAUGGAGGAGGAUGUGGUAAUUCAUCCUGCAGCUGUGGAGAUAGCUGCUCAUGCGGAUCUAGCUGCAAAUGCGGCAAAUAGAGAGAUCUCUCAUGGUUUCUCUAAUCUUAAUGGUGUGUUGUAGUAGUCAUGGUGAAGGAGUUCUUAUGAUGAUGAUGUGAUGUGAUGUGAUCUUGUUACCCUUAUCUAGUCUCUUUUAAUCUAAUGUCGUAGAAAAAAGUAGGACGGAUCUGUGUGGUUGUUUCCUCUUAAUCACCACCGUACCUCCUUAUGAUAACUAAUUAGUGACGUUUCUCUUGUGUUGUUGUUUUGAUUUUCUUGUGAAAACAAGAAAAUAGAACCUGUGGUGUUAAUUGUGUUGUUAAUGAAAUGAAGAACUCCUCGUGUGUGUGUUUAAUGUGA